AUGGCGGAAACACACAAGGAAAAGCUACGGAAGCACCACUGUCGACUUAAGGGCACCAUUCGUGCACACCACAUCACCGGCAGUCUUAAAGAAAAGGGUGUUUUGACUGACGAUGCUGUGGAUAAAAUCUACGACGAGGCCACCGAUGAAAAACGGACCGAACGGCUGCUGUUUAUCCUUGCUAAGAUUCUUAGUAAGAAACGUUUGUCAUAUGCCUUUGAAGCUUUCAUACAGUCCCUGAAGGAGGUCCAAGAACAUGGAACAUGCCUGUAUGAAGACAUCGUACAACUCCUGGAGGGAGCUGAUCCUGACCAAGGAACAGAUGAAGAUAAGAAGUGGAUCCAUGUUCGAUCAAAGAUCAAGGAGUAUAUAGCCAAACACCUGGACCCAAAGAAAGCCUGUGAUGAUCUCACUAAGUCCCAUAUCCUGACAGAAGAAGUAGCAGAUAUCAUCCAAGAAGAAAAAGAGCCAUUCGAAAGGGCCAUGAGUCUGCUGAGUGUACUCCCCACCACUAAAGGACAAAGUGCCUUCCUUGCCCUUUGUAGGGUGUUGCAUGCCCAGGGCCUUGAGGACAUUGUAUCUUUCCUUAAUCGGGCAUCAGUGGGUGAUACUUUGAAACCAGUGACAAAUGUUCCAGAGCCAGUUGAGUACUUUCUAGAAACAACUGAUGCCACAAACGUGGAGCAGGCUCUUCAGAAUUCGAAUAACCCAUCCACCAUCGUUGUGGGUGGCAUCCCCAAGUCUGGGAAAACCCAGAUCACACGGAGGAUAGCCAAGAAGUUCCGUCAUCACCACCCCACAGCUGUGGUUUGGGCCCUAGAUGGACAGAACAGGCAGACUCUCCUGGCAAGCAUGAGAAAGCUCCUUGAAGCACUGAAUGCUGAGGUGACAGAUGAAGAAGACAUCACUGAAGUAGACAAGUGUCUAGACCAAGCCCUACAGAACCGGGGGACUCCAGUCCUGCUGAUCGUGGAUGACCUUGAAGAUGGAACCCUCCUGACUCCGACCUUGCUGAGAGAGAGGAUCCAGUCUAGAGUGAUGAUUCCCACACCUCAAGAAGAGCUCCAGCUUCCAGCUGAGGCUGAUGUUCUUCACAUCUCAGUCAGUGGAUUCAGCACUGAGGAAGUGGAAAUGUUCUUUGAAGCAAACAAGCCAAAAAAGUACAAGCCAAACCAAGAGAACAAGCCAAAUAAAGAGGACAAGCCAAAAGAAGAGUACCAACAUGCAUUUCUGGAGGCCCUGAAUGAGGCCUUCAAUCAUCUCCCCCUGACUUGGGCUUCAGCUCUUCAAUUCAUGAAAAUCAGCCACACCAGCCUGGAAAACUUUGUAGCACAGCUGAAGGAAGGAAAUACUGUCAUGGAUAUACAGGAAGAAAUGAAGCGGUGGAUGCUGCCACAUUAUGAGAAGUUUGACCCUGCUGAAGAAAGCAUGCAGCUGAGGUCAGCUAUGUCCAAGCUGUCAUCUACAUGCUGGGAGUCCACAAGCAAGAAAAGUUCAGAUGGAUUCCACUCAUAUGGCUAUGUACUGCCAGCAUCCUCAGCAAAGGAGAAGUCCAACCCUUCUUCACACACACAGAGCAAUCCAGAAGUCGAUGUGGACACUCUGCACCCUCAAGCACCUAACGAUCAGCCAGUCAGCAGAGGAGACAGCACCAUUCCCAAGCUUGGGAACAGCAAGGAUAGGCAUGAAGAAGAAAAACAUGAAACUACUUUGGCUGAGUGUGAAGACAACGACAAGACAUCUGAUGGCACAGCAAGGGAAAUCAACAUAACACCUAGCACAGGCCCGACGUCAGCCCAAUGUCAAGAAGUGCCGCCAUGUCGUCAACUGAGUCAAGAAGAGCCAACUUCUGCAAGCAACAUCCCCAUCCCUGUCCUCGAGAGAGCUGUGGUUCCCCCUGACAUAGAUGGGAUACAGACAACUCAUGUUGCUACCCGAAGUACAGAACAUGCAGACACUGUCCAAGAACGGGUGGGUGGCAGUCUUGAAAACCUGUCACAUGAAACCUCAGCUGAAAGUGAGCACGGCAAAGUUUCAGAAUAUGCAGCAGCUCUGCCAGUGGAGGAACCCAGGCGUGGCAGCUAUGGAGCUUCCACGGAAGCCCAAAGUUUUGGAUCAAGUCAUUGUACAAUGACAGCAAAUGCUCCUUCUUUACAGUCAUCAUUAGCAACUGCAUCUCAAGUCAAGCAGUGCUCUCGUAAGCAUGCACCUACCUCCGAAAUGGACAGUACAAGUUCUGAAGAGGUUCCACUGACCACACCACCAUCAGAAAGAGAUGCUCCGGAUCCAAACAUUAUGGCACAACAACAAGACAUGGCUGCAGAGAACAUUGACAACUCAACCCAGCUUAAAGGUCCAUUGCCUACAGCCUGCAUUGAAGGGGGGAUUGAAGCUGAAGGUGCAGUUGGUGGAAGAUGCUCUCCAAACCCAUCGCAGGCUGCCGCACAGGAUCAAACUACACCCAGCUGUCACAGUAGUGGUAGGACAAGCAUCCCGUGUCGUGAAGUACAAAACGUGAGCAGGGCAUUGUCGAUCGGUAGCGGAUGGGAUCUGGUACGACGUCGCCGUACAGAAAUUGCAAGGCGCAUAAAGCCAGACCUUGCCUGCGAGUACUUGAGAAAUGCAAACGUGCUGACAGAGGAUGAGUGCAGAGGAAUUGUUGAAGAUGAAGACGAAGAUGAAGACAAAGCCACAAGCCUACUCUGCAUACUUCCAGCUAAAGGCCAAGAGGCACUCCUGGCAUUCUGUGCAGCACUUAGAGAUCAAAGCCUUGACGACAUUGCAGCUCUGAUUACUGCGUCUCAAGUCAGUGACAUUCUAAGACCAAUUACAAAUGUUCCAGACCCAGUGAACAACUUUUUCCCAACACAUGAUGCUAACAUUGUCCGUAGGGCUGUAGAGGCUGUAACUCAGCACAUCAUUCUCGUGUGCGAAGUUGCUGGGUCAGGCAAGACCCAGAUCGCACGGUGGAUAGCCAAGCAGUUCCUUCUUCACCACCCCACAGCUGUGGUUUGGGCCCUGGAUGGACAGAACAGUCAGACUCUCCUGGCAAGCAUGAGGAAGCUCCUUGAAGCACUGAAUGCUCAAGUGACAGAUGAAGAAGACAUCACUAAAGUAGACGAGUGUCUAGACCGGGCCCUACAGAACCGGGGGACUCCAGUCCUGCGGAUCGUGGAUGACCUUGAAGAUGGAACCCUCCUGACUCUAACUCCGACCUUGCUGAGAGAGAGGAUCCAGUCCAGGGUGCUGAUUCUCGCACAUCAAGAAGAGCUCCAGCUUCCAGACGAAACCCCUUGGCCAUGCAACUUAGAAGGUGGUUUUCAAACGUGGGAAGGAGUAAGGUUCUUUCAAACGGUUCUGGAGGAAGCACAUUACCAGGUUAAUGACUUGCAAGGCAUAGCUGAUGCAUUUAAUGGCCGCCCGUUGGGACUUGCAGCGGCUCUUGAAUUCAUGCGCAACACUCACACCAGCCCGGAACAUUACCUGUUCCUGCUGAAGGAAGAACAAACUGCAUGGAUCCUCCAGGAAGAAGCCCAAAGGUUUAUGGCUCAGCAUUACAACAAGUUCAACGAAAGAAAUCUCCAUCCAGUGUUCCAAGCUGCUCACAACAAAGUGAGAGGUCGAAGAGACACGUCCAAGACAGAUGAAGAUACAAAGGAGACUUGCCUUGAAUCACCAAGUGAAUACACUGAUGAUACAACUUCCAGUGCCCAAGAUGAGCAAGAUGAGUCCCCAGAAGGUCAAGAAGAAGAAGAAGAAAGGAUGAGAGAUGAAGGUGAAGGAGAAAGGCCAACAAUUGGAUCCCAAACCCAGUUAGAGGAGGCUGUCUCGGCAUUGCAGCUUCAAGAAGAGGCAGUCGAAAGCCACUCUCCAGAUGACCAGGAUACACAGUCCUUGUCCAGUUCACUCGCAGCAUUGGCAAGAAGUACCGAUGGUUCAGAGCUUGAGGGAGCAGUCGGUGGCAUCUUCUCUCCUCCAUCACAUACAACUUCAGAAGAAGAAGAACAGAAGAUGAGAGAUGAAACCCAGUCAGAGGCGGCUGCCUCCGCAUUGUGGUUUCAGGAAGAGGCGAUCGACAGCCACUCUUCAGAUGACCAGCUUGAGGGAGCAGUCGGUGGCAUCCUCUCUCCUCCUCGAUCACGUACAGCUUCGGGUUUGCCUAGUGCUCUGGCCAGUAUUCCUCCCCCGGGGCCCAACUAUGCAAGACUCGCUGUACCUUGUCCUCUGGUACAACCUGCAACAAGGAUUUUGUGCCAGAUUCUGCGUUUGCCAGAACCAGACAUUCAGAAUCAAGAGUUCCCGAUGUUACCAUCUGCUGGUCAGCUAGGCCAAGAACAGGCAAUGGGUUCUGUGCUUGUGUUCAGCCCUGCAUCUGAACAGCUGAUUGCUACAGAACAAGGCCAGCCACACCAGUUUCUUUGGGACAUUGCCUCCAGGCCUGGCCUGACCAGAGAAGUGUUUGAGCACGUCCUGGAUUCCAGCUUCACCUUCCGGUACUAUGUGCCCAGACGCCCUCCUGAGAGCCUGCCCUUUGUGCCACGUGAUGCCAGGAUUGGGAUGGGAACUAUCGUCCAGGCUGUGGCCGCAUCAGAAGGGAACCAUUGGGCCUGGAGGAUCACAUCCACACCAACUGGAAUGGAGUUGGAAUUUGUGAGUCAUUUUAUCAUCUAUAAUUUUGUAAAUCAGAAUUUUGUAUGA